AGUUUUUUUAUCGGCACCAUAAAUGGCGGCGAACGUGCACGAAAAUAUUAGUAAUACUGAAAAGGUACGCCUGAACGCUUGGUGAAUAAAGAUGAGAGCCAUUUUGUGUUUUUUGGGUUGUUUGCUGCUGGUGGACGCUAGACCCUCAUGGGAUAUACUCGAAGGAGAUGGUCACGUCUCGAGUAACAUUCGGGACUGUCACGGCCUCCAGUGUCCAGCGGGAACAGUUGGCUGCAGCAAAAGCAGCGAAACUUCAGCUGACUCCAAAACGGUGAUGGCAACAAUUCAAUGCGAGGACAUUCAUGGAAAAGUCCUAAACUCGGUCACCAAAACCUACGCAAAUCCUCACGCAGGCACUCACGUCUCCAGUUUCUCGUUUACCGGCGAGUACAGCGUGAACGGCGGACAAAUGGUCGGCCAUGACUCAGGAUUUAUGCACUCCACAAACCUGCAACCCGAUUAUCGCUAUAACAAAGAUCGUGAUGGGCACGGUAACCAUUGGGAUAUGGUGGAAACAUUUGAUGAUUAAUUUGUAAAUAAAAAAUGAUAAGACUG